AUGACUGUAAGAAUGAAAAUCAAUCGUAUUUUCUGUUUGGUUAUACUUUACAUUCAAACCGUUUCGACAAUUAAUUUAGAGAAUGCAAAUGAAGACAUUUCACCUCAGUCAAAACAUAAUUCUCAAGAAAAGCGCGAAACCAAUUCAAAUCCAUUAUAUACUGUUCCAUUACAAACAAAUCCACUUCGGAAAAGGACAAUAAAAGAAAAUGACCAUUCUAAUAAACGUGAGAAUGAACAAGAUAAACGGUUUAUAAGAAACGUUAAGUCAUUACAAACAUAUCCACUUCGGAAAAGAACAGUAAAUGAACAUGACCAUUCUUAA